AGGGUGAACAGCUAAAUAAGCAAGUAUAGUUUCAAGUAAAUUUGAAAGUAAGUACCAGCAACAUGUCUCCCUUCACCGUGUUUGCCCUCUGUCUCCAGCUCUGCCUGAUUCAGUCCGUGCUGAGCGGUUCGAUUAGCCGCUCCUCCAGUUCCGGCGGCAGCUGCGGUUCGUACGGCGGGCAGGGCUGCGGACAGGUGGGCGCGGCCGGCACCAUCGACGCGUGCGGCACGACCUGCGUCACCGGCGCCGUGCCUGUGCUCGGCUCCGUCUGCUUCGGCGGCUGCGCACCCGCCUGCGGCUCCGUCUCCAUCUGCGGACAGUGCGGAUGCGGAUGCAACUAAAUUCCUCACCGAAGACCUCACACUAAAUGAAUUUCUGAAUCCCGUAUGCCUUGAAUUAAAGCAAUUCUGAACAA